CAUGAAAGAAGAGUUCCAGAACUGCUUCAGAAAGUGGUAAGAACAAUGAAAACUGUGUAUCUGAGGGACAGGAAGACCAUGGCUCAGGAAGAUGAACAGUGAAGACAAUAGGACAGAUCAUCUCAUCUGUCUGCAGAUUCCAUCACCACUCCCAAGUAGCUGGGUGAUUUCAUCCUCAGACCUCCAACAAGUGCUAUAAAGAAGACAUUUUGAAGAAUCAACCAAGUUCUCUGUGAGACCAAGUUAAAUCACUGUCUUAACCACAGAGAGGAGAGAUGAAGCACAUUAUACACUCAAAUGGAAAUUUGAAUGACACAGUGAGAAACAAUUCAGACUGUCCCCAUGUGGCUUUGCCAGAAGAGAUAUUUUUUGUAAUCUCCAUUGCUGGAAUUUUGGAAAACCUCAUCAUCCUCCUGGCUGUGAUCAAGAAUAAGAACCUCCAGUCCCCCAUGUACUUUUUCAUUUGUAGUUUGGCCAUUUCUGACAUGCUGGGCAGCCUGUAUAAGAUUGUAGAAAAUGUUCUGAUCAUGUUCAGAAACAUGGGUUAUCUCAAGCCCCAUGGCAGUUUUGAAACCACAGCAGAUGACAUCAUUGACACCAUGUUUAUUCUUUCUCUGCUUGGCUCCAUCUUCAGCCUGCUGGCCAUUGCUGUUGACCGCUACAUCACCAUCUUCCAUGCCCUGCAGUACCAUAGCAUUGUGACCAUGUGCCGCACGAUUGUCAUCCUGGCAAUCAUCUGGAUUUUUUGCAUUGGAAGUGGCAUUGCCAUGGUGAUCUUCUCCCAUCAUGUCCCCACAGUGCUCACCUUCGCGUCACUGUUCCCUCUGAUGCUGGUCUUUAUCCUCUGCCUCUAUGUACACAUGUUCUUGCUGGCUCGCUCCCAUGCCAGGAACAUUUCCACCCUUCCCAGAGCCAACAUGAGAGGGGCCAUCACCCUGACCAUCCUACUGGGGGUCUUCAUCUUCUGUUGGGCCCCUUUCAUCCUUCAUGUCCUCUUAAUGACCUUCUGUCCCAGAAACCCUUAUUGUACCUGCUACAUGUCCCUCUUCCAGGUGAAUGGCAUGCUUAUCAUGUGUAACGCAGUCAUUGACCCCUUUAUCUAUGCCUUCCGGAGUCCAGAGCUCAGGGGUGCAUUCAGAAGGAUGAUGUCCUAUAGCUAGAACCCAUAGAAUCACUGAUCCUGAUUUAAAAAUCCACGGGGAUAAUAUCAUCAACAGAGAGAUCAUGUCAUGGAACACAAUAACAUAACACUGUUACCAGGUUUUGGGGUGCUGAAGUCUCCUAGAAGUGGUUUCUGGGUUCUUUCUUCUCAAAAAAUUGAAUGAAAGAAGUAAAACAGUAGUAAAGUUACAUUUAUUUAAAAUAGGAAAAAUUAAACAUGAAGAAUAAGGGAGAAAGUAGCCCUGCAGAGUGAAAUUGGGCCAAGUAAAGAGAGGAAAAAUAAAAAUCAUAAUAUAAAACAAAAGUGCACCCUGGGGGCACAGGGAGGGCUAGUGUGAAGAGUCAUGGUAGUGAUUGCUUAAGGGUGACUGUCUCUUUUUGUUCAUUCCAUAUAUCGUGGGUUCUCACAAGUCCAUAUUUGAGUUCCUAAGAAGUGCUCUGCUCAGAUGUCCCGGGAUCUGGUCAUAUUUACUCCACGACCCAGCUUUGACACACCCUGCCUUCCUGCCUCAGUACUACCAAAUACUAAUGCUUCCCACCCUGUCCUUUUUUUAUGGGCAGGAGGAUAAUACUAAUGUUCCUGUGUGAACAGCCCUAUUACAAGGGCAUACUGUACAACUUCAUCACUAGGGGGAUAAAAUGAUGAGCCUGAAACAAAGAUAGAACAUGAAGCACACAUGACAAUACAAACUUGAGAGCUACAGGCCAGAACCAACAGUUGCUCCAUGGAUAUCUAGCAAGUUCUUCCAAGAAGUCUUCUAAGCUGAAGGCCAUGGAAGUCUGUAUGGAGAAGUUAAAGUAGCUGGGCAAGUGUGUGAGUCAACUUUCCAUCACUUUAGGAGAUAUACAAGAUUAAUCAACUUAAAAGGAGGAAAGAUUUAUCUUGGCUCAGAUCCAGAGGUUUCAGUCAGUGAGCACCCACCCCACUGCCUGUGGAACUGUGGCGAGGCAGCACACUGCAGCAGGAACACACAGCAGAGAAGGCUGCUCACCUCAGCAGCCAGGAGACAGAGACAGGAAGAGACCUGUAUCCCACAGUCCCUGUAAAGGGCACAUCUCUAAUGACAUCCUGAAGAUCCCACCACCUUCCAACAACAUCAAGAUAAGGACAGGGCUGACAAGACGUGAAUGUGCCUCCUGGGGCCACUUAAGAGAAGCACAGCAGCAAACAAUUCAGGGCAGAAACCAUCAGAUCAUUGUAAGCCAGGGGUGCUGCUAGCUUCGGUUGAUUGCCUAUCUUCAUGGCCAUGCAGCAGUAAGUGCCCUCUCUCCCACCCUUUGCCUGCCAGACUUAUCUAAAGCAUUUCAAUUAUCUUCGGAAGCAGCCAGAGUAUAAAUUACUGUGUCAAAUAACCACCUAGGAGUUUCCAAUAAUAACAAACCUUCACCUUGAGUUGUGUUUGCUCUCUCAAUUUCUCACUCAAAUGUGUCAGUGUCUGGAUGCAGGCCAGAGUCACCUGGCCUUAAAAUCCAUGCCUGGUUAAAUCACGCCAUGCUUUAGAAAUGUAAAGUUCAGAGGAGAAAAUAAACAAUUUCAUCUGUUUGGUUCCUAUGUGGGAA